UAUCGAAGGGCAGUUAAGAUGCAGAAAUUUCCAACGAAAUUUCCCAACGAGUUAAAAAAGAAAAUAACAGAAAAGCAAAAAAUUACGAAACUCAAACGAAGAAAUUCAAUUUAUCAAGACCAAAAUUGGUUUCGAGUUACACAAGCUCUUACUCUAACUGUAAACCAGGGCUGCUCUAAUUCGUCGACUUACGGCAGAGCAUUUACUAACACAAGUACAAGUAAGCGUGCACAUACAUGUAUGUAGGGACGCUUUUGCGUUGAUUUGCAACUGUGCACUGAGAGAAAGAGAAACACUUAUUCUUGCUAAACAAUUCAUCACUCAUUCUCACUGCGAAAUAAACCGUAAAGUGCAAACAGAAGGUAAGAGGAAGAAAUUUCAGUGUAAGUGUCCGAGGACGAUCGAGGAAGAAACAAGAACAGUUAGCGACGGAAUGAGACGGAAAGAGGAUAACGAAAAAGUGUUGGUGGAAUAACAGCGCCGCCAGCACUCAAAGCUUAUGGGCGAGAAUUUACAAAAACAAAUGGGCACUCAGUGCUUUAACCCUUAGUUUAAACUUUUAACCCAGAUGUAUACUAUAAAUAAUUAAAGAAAACGAAGUAGAAAUCAAGAAAAUAAGAAACUUAUGCCGAAAAGGGUUCUUUAGUAUUUUUGAAUGGCAACCCUUAAACGUUUGGCAAAAAUUAGUAAGAACUCCAACAAGGAAUUAGUAAACUCUAGUCGAAGCACAUUUUCUUGAAAAAACAGUAAGCGCUGGAUUAAAAUUGAAAUAUAAAGAGUUUUUCUGUAUGACAUUGGCAAGGAAAAGUCUAAUUAACAAUCUGAUUGUGAUACCGACAACAUAGCUAGGAAAACUUCUAAUUUUCUUUGCAAAAAAAUAUUUCGAACUUUUUGUUUUUUGAUUUUUUUGUGAAUCAAAAUCGUUUCCUUUUGUUUGUUGUUACUUUAAAAAAAAAAAAUGUUUAACAACAUACGCUCUGGGGUUAAACGUGCCGGAUCCAAUAUGAAACGCACACCUAGACAGAUUGACUUUACAAAAAGUGUAAAAGAUUUUAUAAAGACAGAAACUUUACUUAACUUCGAUCGGAUUGGGGAUAAACGAAUUAAAUCCGAUAUGGAGGAGGCAAAGCCUAUGGAUUUGAAACCUGAAUUAGGCAAGAAAGCAGAUAUCGAUUCGGUUGGCGAUACCAAGCCCGUUUUCAAUCAAUCAGAAUCCUUUAACAAUUCGGAUUCCGAUUCUGAUUCCGAUUACAGUGAUUGCCCGCCCAUCCGUAGUGAUGGUUGUAUAGCCAUAACAAUUGAUAAUUGCAUGGAUGCGAUCACGACUUGGAGGCAAUUGAAACGAGCUACCUUAACUGCCAGGCAAAUGGAGCAGAUACUUGAGGUACCCAACUUUAAGGCCAUUGUCAUUGGAUCCUUUGUGGCGCUUAGGCCAUGCCCUGGUUCUCGUCUAAGUAUACUUCAAGUUGUGGGUAUUCGUCCCGGCAAGAAGUUCUAUAAGCUUGGCUAUAAGACCACCAAUCUCGUGUUGAGGCUUAAGAUCGGUCCCAUUGAACGUCAUUUCAUUAUGUGCGAUGUGGCCAAUGAGAAACCUACUCGCAAGGAGUUCGCCAUUUGGUAUGCAAUUCAUCAAAUCAAUGAUCUGACCUUGCCUACCAAUUUGGAUAUCUACAUAAAACAGAAUGAAAUUGAAAGGGGCAUAAGUUUGGCUUAUUUUCAGUAUUCCCAAUUUAAAUGAAAUGAAAAAUGAAAAUCCAAAUCUACAAAGGAUUCAACUAGCUUAAAAAGGAAUUCAAUUAAAUUUAAAUUAAGUAUUUUU